AGGGCGCCAGCCUUGCGCUCGUUCGUUCAUUGUCCACGUUAUUCAUUCAUCAAUUCAUUCGUUCUACCUGCUGGCUCCAAGUUCACUCUUUCUUCGGAGCGUCCUGCUACAAUAUUGAUCAUAAUGGCCGACAAGAUCUCCAUCACGAUAUGCGGAGAUGGUGGAUGCGGUAUGUGUCUCCAUUAUUGUAGAUAAUAAAAACUGGGAUUCUAAUGUGUUCGACAUCUACGCACCCACAGGAAAGUCAUCAAUCACUCUUCGACUGGUUCGCAGCCAAUGGAUACACGAGUAAGUCCCUCAUUUACUCUGGUACAGUCCUCCGAACUGACCGCGAAAUUCCUCUUCUCGAUCAUCAGAUACGAUCCCACAAUUGGUAAAUACAUCGUCCCGUCAUCGCAUAGCUUUGUAGUCCACACCAGCUCUAACAAGGGGGUUGCAGAAGAUUCAUAUUCGGUGACGCGCACGGUUGACGGCAUCCCAUAUCUCCUAUCCAUCACGGACACGGCGGGCCAGGAAGAAUAUCGCGGGCUAUGGGCAACGGCGAAUUUGAAAUCGGAUGCAUUUCUCCUGGUCUACGACAUCACGAAUGCGCCGACGCUGCCGGCGUUGGACUACUUCAUGGACAUGAUUGGGAUGGAGGCGGAGCAGCGAGAGGAGAACAACUACCGACUGAGACAGGAGCUGGGGCCCAGCGCCAAGGGUCUGGAUGUGGGAAUGCCUCCACCGGUGAAGAUAGUGGCUGGGAAUAAGUGCGAUCUGAAGAAUUCGCGCGUGAUUCCUGCCAGGGAUGGGUUGGAGUAUGCGCGGAAGCACGGAUGCGGAUUUAUGGAGACCAGUGCAAGGGAGAUGGUUAAUAUCGAGGAAACAUUUGCUUUGAUCGUGCGCCGCGUGGUCGAAGCCCGGAGAUUACAUUAUGGACAUUCAUCGUCGGACGCGCAGGCAUCAUUGCAGCCCACUACCUCACAAACACAGGUGUUGAUGACGGAGAAGGAAGAGAUGGUGAAAGAUGCGUCCAGAGAUAAUAAUACCAGUCAACACGACAGCUAUUUUGCAAGCAUGGGCAAACGAAUACUGGGGUAUGGGAUAUCGUCGGGUGGGAGUCAUAAUAAUAAUAAUAAUAAUAGUUUCUGGCGACGAUUGUUCUGCUGUUGACAGUCUUGGUUUUUCUUCUUCUUUGUUUAUUUAUAUACCCCUCCUCUUUUGUUAUUCUCUAUUACAUGUCUGUCCUCGAUGAGCAUGUUUCCUAUGUUCCUGUACAUACUGCUAUUGACCCAGUUGCAAUAAUCCAGAGACAGUACAGAAAUGCAUGGCUCGUAU